AUGGAUUUUAUGAGGCUCAACACACCCAUUACUUAUAUCUUCCUCUCUUUCUUUUUCGUCUUCUUUUCUUCAUCGUCUGCUUUUAACAUCACUGAAGUUCUAAACAAGUACCCGGAGUUCAGCAUCUUCAACGACUACCUGACCCGAACCCAAGUUUCCAGGCAGAUCAAUGAGCACCCAGUCGUGACGAUUCUCGCGGUCAACAAUGCCGCCAUGUCCUCAUUAGUAGGAAAAUCAAUGGACCUCAUCAACAGAGUGAUGCGCAUCCACGUAUUUUUAGACUUCUAUACCCUCAAUAAGUUGAAGAGCUUGCCAUCUUCGCAGCCUUCCCAAGUGACCACAUUGCUUGAAUCUCCUGACCAACAACGCUACUUGAACAUCACAAAUGUUGGCACCCUCUCAAUUGUUUCGGGUGCUGGUUCUGAGAAAGUAGGUGUCCUUCGAGAUAUUUAUCCUGACGACAUUUAUAAGACAUCAAUUGUGGAAGUUAGCAAUGUAAUUAUGCCUUCAAGCUUAUUAACUACUUCACCCUCAUCACCAUCACCUUCUCCGCCAUCUUCAGUGCCUUCUCUGCCAUCUUCGGCACCUUCUCCGCCCUCAUCAGUGCCUUCUUCAUCCACUUUCAACAUCACCAAAAUUCUAUUCGACUAUCCAGAUUUCACCACAUUCAAUACCUACCUCACCGACACUCAAGUUUGUGACCAAAUCAAUGCAGGCUCCUCCAUCACGGUCCUUGCAGUUAACAAUGCCGCCAUGUCCCCUUUAGUAGGAAAAUCAGCCGACAUUAAGAAGAAGGUGCUAAGCCUCCAUGUUAUUACAGGCUACUAUACCCUCAACAAAUUCAGGAGCUUGCCAAAUUCGCAAACAACCCAACUGAACACAAUGCUCGAAUCUUCUUUCCAAUCAGUAGGCUUUCAAGGUUUGUUGAACGUCACAAAUGGGGACACUGUCUCGCUUGUUUCUGCUUCCGGUUCUGAAAAAGCACAGCUAGUUAAAGAUAUAUACACUGAUGAUUUCAAAAUAUCAGUGGUGGAAAUUAGCAAUCUAAUUGUUCCUUCAGACUCACCAACUUCACCGCCUUCAUCUCCUUCUGCAUCCCCUCCUUCUGCAUCCACUUCAUCGCCUCCUUCAUCCACUCCUUCUUCAUCAUCUCCCUUUGACAUCACCAAAACUCUAACCGGAAGCCCUGAUUUCAACCUCUUCAGGGCCUACCUUACUCAAACCCAAGUAGCUAACCAGAUCAAUGAACGUAAAACCAUGACAAUCUUCGUUGUCAACAACGGUGCCAUGACCUCUUUAGUAGACAAACCAAUGGAGAUUAAGAAAAAGGUUUUGAGUCUCCACGUUAUCAUGGACUACUAUACCGUCCAAAAGUUCCACAACUUGCCGGUUUCGCAGCCCACUCGAAUAAACACACUGCUUCAAGUUACUGACCAGCCAAGUGCCCAACAAGGCUUUGUGAACGUCACAAAUGGGGACACCAUCUCGAUUGUUUCAGCCGCUGGUUCAGACCAAGCAGUCGUAGUUCGAGAUAUUGCUGCUGAUGAAAGUUCUUACGUAUCAGUAGUGCAAAUUAGUAAUCUAAUAUUGCCUUCAAGCUUAACUGCGCCAACCCCAUCACCUUCUUCAAACCCAGGUAAGUUGCGAUCUGCAGCGCCAGUCAAGGCUCCAACUAGCAGCAUUGCAGCCGCACCAGUAUCCAAUGCACCAAUUACCUCAAUUGCCAGCGGACCAAUUGGAGCUGCCCUAGCUCCGCAUGCAUCUGCAGUCUCUUCUAUUGAAUGUGCUUCUAUUGUAACUACGAUUUUGGUGUCGGCUUUUUCUCUGGCUUCCGUGAUCCUGAUUUGA